GUUAAUGAAACUUUAAAAAAAUAUUUAACUUCUGAAGCACUGGCUUGUCAAAGACUUCAAAUUAGUCAAUCUUGCCUUUACCACCCUUAUCAAAUUAACAGCUCAAUGUUUAAUCAAAAUAAUAACUUAGAAUAUACCACUAGAUUUCUUGAGGAAGAUUAUCAGAAGAGCC